UUCGACGUUUUGCAAAAACGGAAAUCAAACGCGCAAAAUCUGUCGCGCGUGGGUGGCGCUGCAAGAUUGCGAGCUGUGUCUAUUGGUUUGUGAGGUGUGUAUGCGCAGAUAUGUGCAGGAUAUGAUGUGCAUGAAGACUUACACUCGCGUGUUUAUGUAGCAACUGAUCAAACUUUUAAUGGCUUGAGCUGUGUGCGCGUUCAGUGCUUGUGUACAGCAGCACACAGUAGCGCGCAGGUCACAGGUUGCGGGAACGCGCACUGGACUGAGCGUCCGCCUUCACAACAACGUGGACACAUACUUUGAUGUACUAUCAACAUCAGCAUCAAAGACACAUUGUCGCAGAAGUGUGAUAGAAAAAGAGAUCGAGAUAGACCAAUGGUUUUAAGCAGUCUCAGGAAGACCAUCGCCUCUUGAUGAUGCAUAUGAACAGUUUACUGAACCGGUGGAGUUGGCACUUUGUUUCCCAGAUUAUGUAGGUGUGAACAUUUGUCGAGAGGUCAGAGAGUACGAGUGGAAAUGCAGGCGAUGAGAUCUCAAACAUGUGUGAGGUGGACUCUACUCCAGAACCAGUCAGCCCAACACUACUCAAUGAAUCCACAGACACUUAUUGUCAGACGGACUGCUUUCACCGUCUCCGCACCACGGUCCGCAAACUGGAAUUCUGGGAGGACUUCAGUGCAGAGCUUAUUGGUACUGGAUUCUUCUCCAGAGUCUAUAAGGUGAUGCACAGCACUACGAAAAAGGUAAUGGUGGUGAAGAUCUAUAAGAAUGAUGUGGAUCAGGACAGCAUUGUGAGGGAGAUCAGCCUCCUUCAGAAGCUCUCCCACCCCAACAUAGUGAGGUACCUGGGGAUCUGUGUCAAGGAGAACAAGAUGUACCCUAUUCUCGAGUAUGUUAGCGGAGGCUGUCUGGAGGAGCUGCUGGCCAGGGUUGACGUCAAUCUCUGCUGGAGAGAGAAAAUCGAUCUGGCCUGUGAUAUCAGCCGAGGGAUGGCCUAUCUGCACUACAAGAACAUCUACCACAGAGACCUCAACUCUAAGAACUGUCUAAUCCGCGUGACCUCGCGAGGGAGAGAAGCUGUGGUGACUGACUUCGGCUUGGCCAGAGAGGUGGGGGAGCUGCCCGCAAACGACCCCGACAGGAAGAUGUCUCUGGUGGGGUCGGCGUUCUGGAUGGCCCCUGAAAUGCUCAGAGGAGAGCCGUACGACCGCAAGGUCGAUGUCUUCUCUUUUGGGAUCAUGCUGUGUGAGAUCUUGGCAAGAAUUCCUGCCGACCCAGAGGUGCUGCCCAGGACCCAGGAUUAUGGGCUGAAUGUGGAGUCGUUCAGAGAGUUGGUGCAGGGCUGCCCAGAGCGGGUUCUGGAACUGUCUGCCAGCUGUUGCCAGGUAUGCAUGAUGGGCUCCAGGGUGUCUUCAGUAUGGUGCAACUGUGCACAGACUAACACCUAUCAUGCAAGAAAUUAUGGACGCAUUCCGAAGACCUUCCUUCUCCGAGCUUCUAGAUAAACUGGAGGACCUCUCUGAGACCCUUGAGCCUCCAGACAACAUUCUGACCACAGGGUGACCUUCAGAAAUCUCUCUCAACAGAGCCAUGGACUAAAAGAAUGAAUUGACUUUGCUGCAUGGGAGUCGGCAGUGAUGGACCAUGACUAGCGAUCUGUUCCCCCUGUAAAGGGAAUGUAAUGGAGGACAAAACCACUCGACUGAAUGACCACUCAAUAGUGCUGCACAGCCUUCCUGCAAUGUGUGACACCGAAUGAUUGAGCGUGUGCAAAAGGUUGAAUGUUUCUUUACUUUUUCUAUACAAAAGAAAAAAACAGUCUGAUUGUUUGGGGACCAAAUCUAAAAGAUCUGAAAGACCAAAAUGACCCCUUACCAACCCCUGAUUCCAGAAAAAAAUGUAACUGCAAAGAAAGAAAGUGAGUCUGCGCAGACCUGGAACAAACAGAACUGCAGAAAUUCAGAUUUAAUGUUGCAUCUUGCCUUUUCAUACAAGCAUACCUACAAAUAAUCUUUAAAAAAACUGUCAACAUUAAAAGAUUUGCACAUAAGUAUAUUACAAAAAAGCUGAACAAACACAUUCAAACUUGUUUUUGCGUUGAGGGCUUUGAAAUAAAUUUCCUCAGGUCACACAGACUGAGUUCUUAAAUUUGUGAAUAUUCUUACAUGGGUCUUUGUAAAUUUGUAUAUCCCUAUUUUAGAUGAUACUUAAGUAGUUUACAUUUAUAAACCAGAAUCUAUUUUGUUUACUAAUUCAGAAAGUGUUUGUAUUAUUUCUGGCUCUAUUUAUGUACGGUAUGUUGUUUGGUUACAUGGGUACAUUUAUAUUUCUAGAUUACUAGUUAAAACAAUAA